GGGAGGGGCUUCAGGGUGCGCGCAUCGCGAAAAGUUUACAGUUAGUAGAUGUCCCUCAGCGAAAGCACACCUGACUGUUUGCAUGUGGAGAUUGCUGUAAAUCUACUUGCCAUACAGUGAGUGAGCGAGUGCGUGUUGUUUGUCUUGUUUAGAUGAACGGAUGCGUAUUAGACGUGGGAAAGCUAUGCAGACGUGACAGGUGGAAUACGUAGAAUUUUUACCACUAGAUGGCGCCAAAACACAAUAACAUCAAAUGACGUUGUUUAAUGACGCUCUGAAGCAGCGUGGAAUUAUGGGAUUUGUAGUCUUUAACUCAACCGCUGAUGGCCAUCAAUCAGACGCGAACGAGAAAUCACAUUGACGGAUAAGAUGUCUCAACAUCAGCUCGGGAGUCUGGAGAGAGGGAGGGAGAUCAAACAGAAGAAAGAACAGCAAUUCAUUCAGCCUUUGAAUAAACAGAAGAGUGAACAGAGUGUUACUAUCAGCCCCUCGGUGAAGCAAAAGCUACAGCAGCUACUUCUAAGCAGGCUGCACCAAGUUGCACCUCGGGACACUAGUCUAGCUACAUCACUCAGGAAUCAAAAUCAGGAUCUGAUUCAGUCAAAGUGUAUAUCUAACACACUUGUUUUUGAGGAGGACAAUCCAUUAAGAAGAUCAGUCUCAGAGCCAAUUCUGAAAGUGAAACCAAGGAGAAAUUUAUACAGCAGACCUUACCCGCUGCAGCGUAAAACCAGCGCGCCACCUGCUGUCAGGGUUUUUGACACUAUGGGUUCAGCAGCAGAUAAAGAAGCAAAGAAUUAUGGCCAAUUACGAUCACAUGAGAUACAUCAGACAGCACCUAUGACACACAUGAACUAUGCUUUCCACCAAUCCAUCCACUGGCCUGGUGGGCAACCGAGUUGGCCUGCCACUCACGUGCAGUCGCAGUUUUUAACUGUACCUCCACAUGUUCAUUCAGUUCCUGUGAUACAUUCAGUGAUGUCCCAUAGGCCAUUGGUCAAGGCCAAUUCGGCGCCUGAAUACAUCCAGCAAACACACAUACACACACAGACUCUUACAAUUACACACCCCACAUAUGAACUUCACUUCGGCGGUGCACAGGAAGGAGUCCAGCACCACAUUCUUCCUAACAAGGAACGUGUUAGAAGCUCGUGGUCCAUGUCUCCAGGAGGGGUGUAUAAAAAGGAUGGCAUUGAGAAAGACUAUCAUAAGAGAUUUUCGGCCAAUUUUGAGAACAUCCUGUUUGAGCCAGUCGAUGACAGUUGCACCAAUGAGGCCGGAUUACAGCAACCUGAAGAAAAUAACAGCCGACCAUUUAGAAAGUUUAACCGGCACUUUAACAAAUCUCUGCCAUCGCGCUUAAGCCCACAGAAGCAGAUGAUUAUCAUGAAUAAACCAAACUACAUCACAGGUUUGGUGUAUGACCCUCAGAUGCUGAAACACGAGUGUGACUGUGGAGAUAACAGGAAUCACCCAGAACACGCUGGCAGAAUUAAGAGCAUCUGGUCGAGGUUGCAGGAGUGUGGCCUCAGGAAUCAGUGUGAGUUGGUUAAAGGCAGGAUGGCCGCUUCUGAGGAACUAGAGUCAGUCCAUUUGAAGGAUCAUGUAACUCAGUUCACAGAAACACAGUCACCCAACAAUAUGGAUCCAGAAUUGAUUCGGACACAACCAUGUGGUGGAAGGGGGUGCCAGGAUAUGGUAUGGAAUGGUGCGUCCAGCGCAGCAGCACUUAAAACGGCAGUCGGCAGUGUUGUCGAGCUGGCCUUGCUUGUGGCUGACGGACGGCUGAGGAAUGGGUUUGCAGUGGUCAGACCUCCAGGACAUCACGCAGCCCACGCACAGACACAUGGCUUCAGUAUAUUUAACUCGGUUGCAAUUGCUGCUAAACAACUUCAGGAGAGAUCACAUAUGAAAAAGAUUCUUAUAGUGGAUUGGGAUAUUCACCAUGGUAGUGGAACCGAGAAGAUUUUCUGGACAGAUCCUAGUGUGCUAUACAUUUCUCUUCAUCGCUUUGACUAUGGUUCCUUCUUUCCUGGUACGGGACAACCCAAUAUGGUAGGAAGUGGAAGAGGGAAAGGCUAUAAUGUAAAUGUGGCUUGGUCUGGUGGGCUGAAUCCUCCAAUGGGAGAUGCAGAAUAUUUAGCUGCAUUCAGGACAGUAGUUAUGCCCAUUGCACAUGAGUUUUCUCCUAAUGUGGUCUUGGUGUCAGCUGGUUUUGAUGCUACUGAAGGACACUCACCUGCCUUGGGUGGAUACAAAGUUUCGGCUAAAUGUUUUGGGGUCCUGACUCAGAAGUUAAUGGAGUUGGCUGAAGGUCGUGUAGUCUUGGUCUUAGAGGGAGGUUAUGACCUCACGACCCUCUGUGAUGCAUCACAGGCCUGUGUCCAUGCUCUUCUGGGACAUGAGCCUGAGCCUUUAGCUGAAGAUGAAUUACUGAGGAGGCCGUGUGAUAAUGCAGUCAAGUCUCUGGAGGAAGUACUGGCUGUACAGAGCCGGUACUGGGAUUCAGUGAAGUCUAUGUCAAAGACUUUGGCUUUGCCGCAUGUUAAAGCAGAGAGGAGAUAUUCGGCAGGCAGUGAUGCUGCUUCUGCGCUGGGUGGUCUCACCAUGACCAUUCCCAGAACAAAAAGUUCCCUGAAUGAACCAAUGGAGCACGAUGAAGCUGAUUCAAUGUAGCGGUCAGUUUGUUUAUACCAUUUCUGUGCUAGAAGACUUCAUUUACCUCUGCCAGCAGAUGCACACAGCACCAAAUACUGAACCCAGUAUGACUGUGGUGUGAGACAGGAGACAAUCCUAAAAAACUGUAGCCAAAUAAUAAACUUUUUGAGAAUUACUAUUAAGCUUCACUGAGAAACAAGAGAACGUAUGUCAUUGCUAUGUUACGUAAUGAAAUCGUAUUAGGGAUUAAGUUGAGUCCUGGCAAUGUUUUGCUGAACUGACAGGAAUUUGCAAUAAUAACUUGCGCACGAAACCCCUGGGCACACACAGACAGAGAGCAAGCUAAAGUUUGUGAAACAUUAAAAUGUUUUGUUCCAGGUCUUGAUAUGCAGGCAAAACAAUUCAACUGCAGGCAGACUGACCUCAGUCAGUGUAGUCGCUAUGUACAACUUGUGAAUAAAAUCAAGGCCAUGUUAGAUACUGCAGCUGGCUGAUAAUGCAAAGUAAAGUGUUUUAAGAUCUUCUGAAUCAAGAUUUGUUGUUACGUGGUAUUUGGUGGAAAUUGGAAAGACAUUACAAUGUUACAACCAAUAAAUAACUUUUUUAUUUAACAAACAUUAAGCAUGGCGUCAACACUGACUGAAGUCCAUACUGAUGUGUAUUAAAUGGUUUUGCAUUUUACCAGCAUAUUCAUUACAAAUGUUAAAGAAAUCCUCAGUUUUAAAGGAACAGUAUGUAAGAAAUGUAUAUCAAUUAAUCAUAAAAUGGCCCUGAUAUGUCACUAAACAUUAAGAAAUCAUUUUCAUUUCAAAUACUUUUAUCACUGACAACAGUGGUCUGGCCAGGAUAUUGUCAUUUAAAAAGUGGAGUUGCAGUCCUCAACUGAUGUUUAUGUUGUCAUGUUGUGUAUUGGCCACAAGUCGUGUGAUUGCAGUACCAGUUUUGGCCACAAUCCUACAUACUGUUCCUUUAACUUUGUGGUCAAACUAUAUUUUUGUCAGGAGUCUGUAUUUGUCCAACCGCACUUUUAACCAAGAUGUCUUUUUUAAAACUGCUCUUGUUAAAAUAUUGAUUUUUUUAUGAGUAUGUAAAGGCCAGUUAAGUCAUAAAGUAAUGAUCUCAGGUCACAUGCAUAAGACUUUUAUACCAAGUGUAUCUCUAAAUGUAAUUAUAAAACUAAUGUUUGUAUAAAAUAACAUUUUGAUGAAAAAUUGAUGAUGUGUUCUAUGGCUGCAGAUUUUUAUUGUAUUAUUUUCUUAAUUAAAGCAUUUUCU